CAUAAGACGAGAUGUUUUAGGAAAUAAUAACUUGAAACAUUUAUUUCUGUGAAAGUACCUAAGAGUGAUAAUUAGGAGACGGAGAAAGUCUCGUGUUGCCUGCGCUGCGACUGACGUUUCUAUGACCUUCCAGCAGCUUCCAACGAGUAACGAGUAUCUAGAAUGUUGAGAACGAAGAAGCGAAUACACCACAAGAAGUACAAAGUGCGGUAAGCUAUGUGCCAAUGAUCAACAUGGUAGAGGACGGCAGCCGGGACUCGUCCAAGCGUGCUCUCCGAAAAAACGAACCGUCCAUAAUCGACGAACCCAAUUGCUGUUUUAUCUCACGCCGAGAAGACUCACGGCUGUUCUGCUGCAGAUGUGCUCACAAAAGACGCGCGUCACCACUCACUUGUCUGGCGAUAUGUUUUCUGGUUCUAACCUACAACUUGCUCGGAGGGUUUCUAUUUCUUGCUAUAGAAGGCAACUCGAUACCAGAAGAGACAUCAGUUGCAGCAUCAAAACCGAAUUUAAGUCAGUCGCAGAGUGGCGACCUCCGUUCGAGAACUGUCGAACGCCUCUGGUCUAUAACAGAAGACCUAAACAUUCUUUAUAAAGAAAAUUGGACGAAGCUAGCUGCCAAAGAGUUGAUGGAUUUUCAAAGGGUUCUAAUGAAAUCGAUGCAGACUGGAGACACACCGAGUAUCUCGACCCACUAUGACGCUAUAGACUAUCGCUGGACUUUUGCUGGCAGUUUUCUUUACGCACUUACUUUGAUCACAACAAUCGGACAUGGAAGCGUAACUCCAAAAUCGUCAGUAGGCAAGGUAGCGGCGAUACUGUACGCAUGUGUGGGCAUACCACUAAUAAUGCUGUACCUGUCGACUAUUGGCGAGGCGCUAGCGAGGAGUUUCCGCUCUCUCUACUCCAAACUUUGCCCAGCGCGCCUUAAAAGCGGUGACUUUCAUUCAAAAGCGGACUGCCUGAGCCGAUACUCUCUGCCUGGCGUCGAGUGCAAGCAAUUUGUCGAUUGUGAUAGAAAAGAAAAACUUUACGAUCGUCAAAGGCGAACGCCGUUUCAAGCCGCUUUAAAUCUGGACAGUUUAAAUGGAGGUUAUCAUUGGACGUGCCGGGACCACACGCGAGUGCCAAUCCUACUUAGUUUACUUUUAAUCAUUCUAUAUAUAGCUUUAGGUACGUUCUUAUUUCACACGACGGAGAGAUGGAACUUAAUAGAUGGAUGUUAUUUUUCCUUUUCGAGUCUCGCGACGAUAGGCUUCGGAAAUUUAAGGCCUGGGUUAUACGCCAGCACCGUGUCCGCGAAGGCGGAGGACAUCGCCAUAGGCGUGUGUUGUAUAUAUAUUCUAGUGGGUAUAGUAGUGGUAGCUAUGUGUUUUAAUCUCAUUCAAGAGGACAUGAGCUCGGCUCUCCGCGGUUUUACCGCCCUCUGUACAGGAAACUCUAAAACUCGCGCAGUGCAUAGUGUAGAGAAAUGCGAUGAAAAUAUUUCCAUGGCCGUCGUCUCCUGACAC